GCCCAUUUGGCGGUGGAACAAUCGAAGAGAGCUCUGAACUUUCUCGAUCCGUCUUCUUCCGUCGUCGAUCGCGCGACCACGCAGAAGAAGCGAGGAGUGGAGAGGAGAGAAGGCGUCGGCCAUGGCGGACACCGAAGAGGACCCCGUCGUCCUCGAUCGUUCUGCUCGAUUGACCAGAGGAAAGAGAAUGACUAGGUUGGUGGAUGAAGAAAUUGAACAGGAUGAGGUGUUUUGGAAUCAAGAUGCUCUUAAAGAGGAAGAGGAUGAUGUUAACUAUGAAGAAGAGCCAGAGGCUGCUGACGAGUUUGAUAGCGAUUUUGAUGAGGAUGAACCUGAUCCUGAUGAUGAAGCUGAAAACGAAGCUGAAAUCAGGGUACCAAUUAAAAAGAGGUUAAUAUUUCCUGGAAAGCCAGUGACAAAAAAGAAAAACAAAAAGAAGGUUCUCUCAAAACUAGACAAAGUCCCAAAAAGUGAAAAAUCAUCAGAGAAGGCUACCCCAUCUGAACAUCAGGAUGCUCCUGAUGAGUUGGAGGGUGAGAGAGUUGUGAGGAAGUCAACUAGGACUUCAGUUAUUGUGAGGCAAGCAGAAAGAGACGCCAUACGUGCAGCAUUGCAAGCGUCCAUGAAGCCGAUAAAAAGGAAAAAGGAGGGAGAAGAAAAACGGAUGACACAAGAAGAAAUGCUUUUAGAAGCGGCUCAAACAGAAAUUAUGAACUUGAGAAAUUUGGAGCGUGUGUUAGCAAGAGAAGAAGAAGUCAAGAAAAGAGCCAUUGUGCAUAAAGCAGUUUAUAAUGGUCCUCAGAUACGAUUUACUUCUAGAGAUGGUAACUCGUAUCUAGAAUUUAGCAAAGGAUUGCAAUUCCAAUCAGAGAUUUGUACAGCAUCAGUGCCAUAUCCUGAGAAGUCCUUCUGCGUGGUUACUGGAUUGCCUGCCAAGUACCGUGAUCCAAAGACAGGAUUACCUUAUGCGACAAAAGAAGCCUUCAAAAUAAUUCGGGAACGUUUCUUGCAAGAGGUAUCUGAUAAGAAGAAACAGGCAAAAAUGAAUAUGGGAAGUUUAUUUGAUUCAGUAUCUGGUCAAGGGUUUUCAUGUAAGCGGCAAAGAUCAGGAGCUGGAACAAUAAACAAACCAUCUGAUCUGCGAUUAGGAGCUCGGUUUCGAAGCAUACCUGCACUGGAAAUUCUUGAUCAAGACUAAAUAGAUUGAACCUAAUGUUGAACCUUCGGAGAAAGCAUAGAGCAUUGGGUGCAAUUGGAAGGGGAUGUGGAAUUGCAGAGAUCCAUCUCAGGAAUGAGGAGGACAAUGGUUCAGGUUUAAGACCUUCUUGCAGUUCAAUAUAACUGCAUCUUGUUCUCUUGAUUUGCAUCUUUCAUGCCAAAAUUGUCUCAUCAAAGUGCAUCGCUAUCCAUAAUACAUGGGCCUGCCGUUAAAAUGGUAGAAAUAUUACGAUCUUGAGCUGUGGCAGUAUAUGUGCAGCAAGGCCUUGUGUAAAACAAACAUGGAGCUACCUGAGUUUGUAUUCAUGUUUUAAUGCGCCAGAAUUUAGACAAGAUGUGUGGUGUAAUCCUAACAUAAUAUAUGAUUUCUUCAAAGUAUGAUGGGCCUAACAAACUAAUUUCAGUGAAGAGUACGUAAUGCAGAGCAUGAAGACAGAAGGCCAUAGAAGAGGGAAACAAAAGAAAUCUAACCAACAGUAUCACUUCUCUGUCAACGUUUAUAAUGCAAGAGCAAGUCAUGGAAGGUUGAUUAUAAGUUAUGAAUUUUUUUGUCAAAUGGAAAGUCGGUGUAAAAUUCAGUUAAUUGAAUCAUUACACUGAUAAAAUACUAGAAAUAUCAGGAAUGGUUGUCUAUUUUCCAAGUUCAUCUUUUCUGGAUCACAGAAAGUUUUCACCC